UUACGGAAUGAAAAUCCUCAACUCGUGUUAUUUUUCCCUCUUUUAAAACCCAAUUCAGAUGCCCUGUGGGACCGUCCCGGUGCGUUCAAUGUCACUGGCCCGAAUGCCACAGCUGGAAUAUUUGCCACCUAUCCUGGAAAACAUCUCACUCUUGUCAACGGCUUCUUUGACCAGAUUAUUGGCACGGCGGCACUGAUCGUUUGUAUCCUGGCCAUCGUUGAUCCCUACAAUAAUCCCAUCCCACAAGGAUUGGAGGCCUUCACUGUGGGCUUUGUGGUUCUGGUCAUCGGCCUGUCGAUGGGCUUCAACUCGGGCUACGCAGUCAAUCCCGCCAGAGACCUCGGACCUCGUCUUUUUACCGCAAUGGCCGGCUGGGGAGUAGAAGUCUUCACCGUCAGAAACGGUUGGUUCCUGGUGCCGGUUUUCGCCCCCUUCCUCGGCACCUUCAUCGGCGUGGUCAUCUACCAAAUGAUGGUCGGCUUCCACGAGGAGGGAGAAGUACGUGACCGCAGGAACGCCGAGGCGGAGGAGAACUUGCGGCUCACCAGCGUCGCUGCUAACGACAAGUCGAAAGAGGCCACCAAACAAGUGCACUGAGCCUCUUUGGCCGUUUUGUUGAA